AUGCUGCUGCUGCUGCUGCUGUCCCUGCUAUCAGACGGGUCUCGGGCUCAGGACUGGUGGUACAAGGUGCAGGUACCGAGCCCCAUGAAGGUGCAGGAGGGCCUGUGUGUCUUCCUGCCCUGCUCUGUCGAGUACCCCAAGGACGGCUGGACGGACACCACCCCGGCCUAUGGCUACUGGUUCACGAGACUCACUGACACGCUCAAGGGCGCUCCAGUGGCCACAAACCAUCCGGACAGAGAGGUGCAGGAAUCUGCCCGGGGCCGGUUCCUGCUCGUGGGUGACCCCAGCAAGUACAACUGCUCCCUGUUGCUCAGAGAGGCCCGGAGGGAAGACAUGGGCUUGUAUGUCUUCCGGCUGGAGAGGGGAGAGAGAGUGAAAUAUAAUUUCAAGCAAUGGCUCAUGCUGGAGGUGACAGCCCUGACUCAGAAACCGGACAUCUUCAUCCCUGAGGCGCUGGAGCCCGGGUGGCCAGUGAAGGCCCUCUGCGUGUUUAACCUGACCUCUGAGCUGUGUCCAGCCCCCACUUUCUCCUGGACGGGGGCUGCUGUGACCACCCAGGGGAUCCAGCUGCGGAGCGCCCACCACUUGGUGCUCAGCUUCACCCCCAGGCUUCAGGACCAGGACCAGGACACUGAACUCACGUGCCGGGUGGACUUCUCUCUAUCGGCCAGGAGCACCCAGGAAACCGUCCACCUCCACUUUGCCAGUGGCCAAGCAAGCAUCCCCCGGGGCUAG